AUGUUGGACUUCAUGAUUUCUGGUACAUUGCUACUAGAAGAGUCUAAUAUAGGUGAACAAGUCAUGAAGACAUCAUUGAAUAUUGAUAUGCAUCCUGGGAAUGCUACCAAGCUUGGGGAUCAGAAUCAAAAUGGAAUUCUUUGGUAUGUACCAAAGGCUCCCUCAGGGAGAGUCACCAAGAAAUCUAUAAUCCCAAAGUACCAGUUUGUUCUUAACGGGAAGCAAAGAUGGAGAUGUUAA